AGGUACCGGAAGCCAAUUCGUUUUGGCGGGAAGGGAAAGGUGCGAGUCACAGCCAUCAAGCUCGUAAAAAUUCGCGCGAGACACCGGCGCGGUCAGGACGCGUGGUUCAUAAUUUUCUACAUCGAUGAGCGCACAGCAUUUCUUGGACACGCUGAGCAGACAUGGACUAGACGAGUUUUAUCCAAACUUUUCCACAGAAGGCAUUACACAGUUAGAGAGUUUCAUAGAGCUCUCUGUACAGGACUACGCAAACUAUGGCAUAAAAAGUGCAGACGAUAAGAGAAAGUUCGUUGCUCUCGCCCAGACCCUCAAAAAAGAAGGAAUUAGGCCAGCAAGCAAUGAAAAAUCUCCUCUUCCUCAGAAGCGGUCAUCUUCUGUAGCACGACUCAAUGCUUUCACCCCUCCUGAAAAGCAAGCACGACGCCUUACUUUAGGUGGCGAAAACCUCACACGAAGUCCCAUUAAGACACCUCCUUCACGUAGAUUGUCGUUUAUACCCAAAUCUGGAAGCCCCAGAAAGAUACUUUCUCCAGCCAAACAUUCACCUAUAUCUCACAAAUCACCAAGCAAAGUCAAAACUCCUCCACGUAUUGCACGAACAGCCAUUCAAAUCCAGCAAGCCUUAAAGUCUGUUUCCUUCAGCCCUACAAAGGAUAAGCUACUUCAGCAUGAGAGUAGCUCAGAUGAUGAAGAAGAAUUGAAGAAGACAGUGGCGGCGCCUAUUCUGGAUACUUAUGGCAUCCCGACGGCAUCCAGUCGAUCUGGAAACUACUCUAAAACCAAUGGAAACGUAAAUAAGUCGCAAGCAUCAAUAGCAACAUCUGGGUCAAGUGACUUGAAUCAACGGAUACGAGUGUGCGUACGCAAGAGGCCCCUUAGUCGUCGGGAAGUUGCGGCCGGCGAGAAGGAUAUUACGCCCGUUGCCGGUUCUCGCAGUAUUAACGUCAAUGCGCCAAAAGUCAAGCUGGAUCUGACUCGAUUUACAGAGCAGCACUCUUUUACGUUUGAUGAAGUUUUCGAUAGCAGUAUCACCAACGCUCAGAUAUAUCAACGAACAGCAAAACCUCUUGUACAGUAUAUAUUCACAGGCGGCAAGGCAACCUGUUUUGCAUAUGGCCAAACCGGUUCGGGAAAAACGUAUACUAUGUUGGACCAAGGCAGAGGAUUAUACGUUCAAGCGGCUCAAGAUAUAUUUGCGAUGCUUGCACGGGAAGAAUACGCACACUUAUCCGCUUGGGUCGGCUUCUAUGAGAUAUACCAAGGACAUCUAUAUGAUUUGUUAAACGAUCGCAAACGACUAAUCCCUCGUGAUGAUGGAAAUAAUAACGUUGUCAUAUCCGGGUUGAAAGAAUUUGCUAUUGCGGACGUUGACCGUUUGUUCAAAGUUUUUGAUCAUGGAAGUCAAGCUAGGACUACAGGCAAAACUGGAGCUAACAAUAACUCAUCUCGGUCUCAUGCGGUACUGCAAAUUUUACUGAAGCCAAAAAAGAAUAGCUCUGUGAUUGCUGGCAAAUUGAGCUUUAUUGACCUUGCGGGCAGUGAACGCGGUGCGGAUCGAGGUGAUGCCAACACAAAGACUAGAAUGGAAGGAGCAGAAAUCAACAAGAGUCUUCUUGCUCUGAAAGAGUGUAUUCGUGCAUUGGACCAGGACUCCAGACACACCCCAUUUCGUGGUAGCAAACUUACUCAAGUGCUAAGAGACUCUUUUAUUGGGAACUCGAGAACUUGUAUGAUUGCCACUAUAUCACCAAAUGGAUCAAACAGUGAACACACUUUGAAUACUUUGCGUUAUGCUGACAGGGUGAAAGAGCUGAAAGGCGAGCAAGACGGAGGAGGCUCUUUCAUUGAGGAUGAUCUGCAGGACGAUUUCCAAGUCAUGGCUGAACAAACUGCAGGAUCAACAGAAGCUACAGACGGAACUUCGCUUGAGCAAGACAAGACUGAUGCAGAAGAGGAUCAGGUACUACAGGCUGACGGGCAAGAAAACAUUUUUGACGAAGAUUUUCCUCAGGAAGGCACCAAAAACGAGCUACUAGCAACACCUACCUCUCAACGCAUACAAACACAAAGCAUGGCCACACCACAGCGUCGACAACAUUAUUUGCGCAGAUUGUCUUCUCCAACUGAUCAAGUAUUGAAUGAUCUGGCAUCGACCACUAACGCCGACUCAUCCACCAAGCCGAGCUGGCCAUAUUCGCACCGCAGUCCACCACUACCAUCGGAGCGUCCAAAUAAUGAUCAGAUGCUAGACUUUGUUAAACUUCACCGAGCUCAAAUACGAGAAAUCACAGAAUGUAGCAAGAAGGAAACAAAACUUUUGGCAACCUUCUCACUUGGACUAUCCAGCACGCAACACUACGCAGAAGAUGAGGCAGCUGCAAACAACGAGAAGAUACUGGAAGAAUUUGAGCAGUACUUGGGUGAUUUGGAUGAGCUUUUGCAACGCAAGGUAGCGUGCGCUGAAGCACUGCGCGAUAAGAUGCGCCAAUUGCUAGGAGAUGAUGUACUUUGAUGCGAUCAGCAAAUUGCUUAAUUAUCAUUUUUGGUUUCAAUGCAAGACCAUCUAAAUAAUACAA